AUGCCUCGUCGAUCGUCGCGGGCCGUUCCCGCACCUGCGGCAGCUCCAGCGCCGACUCAAAAAAGGCGCGCGUCUGACAGGAUCUCUGCAGGCUCAAAAGCAGAUCCGAAAAGACAAAGGUACAACAGCAAAAAUGCCAAGAACGUCGUCAGGUCUACCGCCAGAAAGAGCAAAUAUUUUGAAGACGAGGGACAUGAAGAAUCAGAAUCUGGUCAUGCAUCCGAGGUGGAAGAAGACUCAGGUUCAGCCUACGAAGAUACAAUGUUGUCCUCCCCGUCAACUGAACCGGACUCUGAGGAACCGGAGGCCCUAUCUACAGAUGAAGAGCGAACGAAAAGACCAACAACAAAGAAGGCUAAACCUAGUGGAGGUCGAAAGACACCAGUGAAACCCGGUGCGGGAAGAAACAAAGAAAACGACGAAGAAGACCACCCUAAUGAUGAGAUAGCGGCUUCGCUAAAGGACAAAGAACUAUGGAGAGAGGGUGUCAGCACGGGUUUAGGACCUGGAAAAGAAGUCUACAUCAAGAAGCCUAAAGCCAGAGAUCCCGGAGAUAUUCCCUACCAGGACCAUACACUGCAUCCAAACACCAUGCUUUUCCUGCAAGAUUUGGCGAAACAUAACGACAGACAGUGGCUCAAAGCACAUGACGCGGAUUAUCGUGCCUCGAAGAAAGACUGGGAAACCUUCGUCGAAAGUCUCUCAGAAAAAAUAUCAGAGCUGGACAGCACCAUCCCUGAGUUGCCUGCAAAGGAUAUCGUCUUCCGCAUCCAUAGAGACAUUCGAUUCAGCAAAGACCCCACUCCAUACAAGCGGCAUGGUCCCGCACCGGCAGAAAAGGCCCUUAUGCUGCUUAUUAUGUGCAUCUGCAGCCCGGAUCUUGCUUUGUCGGUGAGUGAUUCCCUGAACACAUCGGCCUCUGCCGCUCAGAGUGAAUCCCGCUUCCAUGGUGUUCUGCACCAGCACCAGUUUACCCUCAUUCCGACUUAA